GAAGCGCUCGUCGGGGUCGGGCGGCCAUGGCUGACGAGGAGGAGGACGCGCCGUUUGAAGAAGACGCGGAAGAAUCCGGCGGGGGCCUGGACGGCGGGCAAGGCAAGAGGAAGAGGCUGUUCUCCAAAGAGCUAAGAUGCAUGAUGUAUGGAUUCGGGGAUGACCAGAACCCUUACACAGAAUCGGUGGACAUUCUCGAGGACCUGGUAAUAGAGUUUAUCACAGAAAUGACACACAAGGCCAUGUCAAUUGGGCGGCAGGGUCGUGUACAGGUUGAGGACAUUGUCUUUCUAAUACGCAAGGACCCCCGGAAGUUUGCCAGAGUUAAAGACCUCCUAACUAUGAAUGAAGAACUGAAACGAGCCAGAAAGGCCUUUGAUGAAGCAAACUAUGGAUCUUGAUUUUAUGCGCAAGCUGCACUGGGACAUUACUUGGGCACCUGCUGCCCAAAAGGAAGGAACAUGAUGUGUGGUGUUUGGAGGGGUUAUUGAGGAUGGAGGUCACUGCUGGGAUGUAUGCCCUCACUCCCAGCCUUUUCUGAGAAGUAUUCAAGCAGCUGAAUGUUAUCUGAUUGUAUGUGGUAUACUUAGGUAUUUUUAUACUGUUUUAUGAAAUGAGAAAAGAGCUCUAAGGGUUCUUGUAAUGGCAGGAAGUCUGAAAUAGGACUGUGUUGAAUCAGAUAUCUAGAGGGCUAACAAUGGGUGAUUCUCUACAACUAUUUCAGUUAUCACUGGGUAUUCCUGUGACAGGAAACCUAGAAAAUGGAUCUUUGUUAACUGGACAAAGUCUUCAAGCCCAAACUACUACAGAAGUUCUGCUCUUUGCUCUGUAUAUGUUUGAAUAAAACAUUUUAAGUUUGUGCCC